UGUCUCCACCGUAGGCUGACGUACGUGACCGCUUAAACAAGAAGGGACACUUCAUUAAUUUAAAAAAAAAAAGCUUCUCCUCUCGAAUGUACCGUUCUAUUGAUCGUUUAAAGCGCCAUUGUCACACAAGCGAUGGCAUAGUAAUUCCAUAAUCACUCAUUUCCAGCUUGCAAUGAAUCCAUGACUAUAAUAAUAAUAACAAUAAUAAUUGUUUACUCGUUCGGGGUGUUGAUUGCGUCCGAUUCCUUUCGCCGAGAAGGUUUGUGACCGGCUUCAAAUUUUAAAAAAAGUUGUUCCGUCCGAAUUUUUCAUUUUAGAAAAUCAAAUCUAUUAUUUAAUCGUAUAAAUCUGCAUUUAUUUUGGAUAUAAGAGCAGUUUAGACUAUUUAAAUGAGAACAUCCGCAACCGAAGACAAUUUCAAGCCUUUCGGACGAAGUGACAAUCAGCUGUUUUCAAGUGGCCUCGGCAGUAGCAGCAGGUUGUGACACACACCGUCCGUCGGAGGAGGCUCACCAGAAGGAAUUUCGAUCUCCCCACCGAGUUUGACCUUUCGAUUUCGUGUGUGCGAUGGUGUAGCGGACGCGGGAGAAGAUGGAUCUGGAAGGGAAAAACAGAUUUUCACUGCUGCUGUUGGAGCCAGGAGAGAUAUACUUUGAGGACUUUGCUGUUAUUUAUCACGUUCCAGAGGAACUUGCAAAAAAGGAGGAAGGCUGGGUGCGGUGGGUGGAAAAUACAGUGAGAGGCAGAUUAAAGGUGUGCUCCAAAUCCUUGGUGUUUGACCCUCGUGAUAUCCAUGUGCCCAUCAUUAAGUUUCCUUUGAAGAGCAUUGAAGUGGUGCAAGAACAUGUCACAACCAUUACCAAAGAAAUACUGAAUAGUGUAGAAGAAGCAACUCUCUUGGAAGUGAAAUGCAAUAUGACAGUUGAAAUGCUUGAAGGUGGGAUUCUGCAGCCUUAUAAGUUUUGCAGGGAGGAGUACUGUCAUAGGUUUGAACUGGUAUUCUUGGAAACGUCACAAGUUAUACCCCAAAUAUGCCAGCUGCAGCGGGCAUCAACACUUCCUCCCAACGAUCAAAAUACCAUGAUUCAAGCCAUUGUCAGAUCAAGACAAAGAAGGAAGAGGUUUGAUAGGGCUCUGCUCGAAAACCUCUCAGAAACAGAGGUCCUAGAGACUCAGGCCAACAAGGUGACACCAUUGGUUACUAACCCUGGCACCAUCUUGCUUACAAAUGCCAAACUGUACUUCCAGCCACACAAUAAUGCAGAAAAGCAUCCUGUAAUUAAAAUUGGGAUUACUGAAAUUAGCCAGGUGAUUAGGAGACGUUACCUUCUGAGACAAGUGGGACUUGAACUCUACUGUCGGGAUAGUUGUAUGGUGAAACAUCUCCUGCUUACCUUGAAGGAAACUGAUGAAAGGGAUAAACUGUACGAUGCUUUGGUUGGACUGAAGGGAUUGAAGUUAGACGACUCUCUUCAGGACAACAUCAGUUACCAAUGGCAGGCAGGAGCCAUUUCUAAUUAUGACUAUCUAUGUUAUUUAAACAGACAAGCAGACAGAAGUGUGAAUGAUCUCACCCAGUAUCCAGUGUUCCCCUGGGUCUUGGCUGAUUAUGUUAGUGAAACCCUGGACUUGACAGACCCAGGAAUUUAUAGGGACCUGUCUAAACCCGUUGGUGCCUUGAAUGAAGAAAGACUAAAACGGUUAAAGGACCGCUGUAAGGAUAUGCCCGAACCGAGAUUUCUGUAUGGGUCGCACUAUUCUACUCCGGGUUUUGUGCUCUACUAUCUAGUUCGAGAGUAUCCCCAGUACAUGCUUUGUUUACAGAAUGGCCGUUUUGAUCACCCUGACAGAAUGUUUAAUAGUUUGGCUGAUACCUGGGAUAAUGUUACAACAAAUCCUUCAGACUUCAAGGAGCUGAUACCAGAAUUCUAUAAUGAUGAAGGAACUGGAGAUUUUUUGUGCAAUUUUCAAGGUAUCAAUUUUGGUAUGCGCCAGAAUGGGAAGGCAGUGGGAGAUGUUGAGCUGCCUCCUUGGGCUGACGGACCACGAGGUGUGCUCAAGAAAAUGAGAGAAGCAUUGGAAAGUGAUUACGUUUCGAACCAUCUACACCUGUGGAUAGAUUUGAUAUUCGGGUGCAAGCAAAAUGGGAAGGCAGCCGAAAAAGCAGAUAAUUUGUUUUAUUACCUGUGUUACGAGGGAGCGGUCGAUCUUGCAGCAAUUACGGAUCUUAAUGAAAGACUCGCCCAUGAAGUUCAGAUCACUGAAUUUGGGCAGGUUCCUAAACAGCUUUUCAAGCAUACUCAUCCCAAAAGGUCAAGAUCCUAUGGUCUUUAUGACUCCACACAGUUGACUUCUACUAGAACAGAUUCGUGUGAAAGCAGUGAAGGCAAGGAAGACAUUGAAAGUGAUAAAGAAGGCAACUUUGAGGUACUCGCCCCCAUUGCUGAAUCAAGAAAUUUUUGGCAAAGGCUGGCCGAGCUCAAGCAGUUGAGGAGCUGUCGAGUCCAUCGAGAAGGCAUUAAUGCUGUUGCUUUCAGUGCAGACAGUGGAAACAUUUUAACCGUAGGGCAGGAUGCCCUUUUAAAGAUUUUUACUCUUCCAGAAUUUAAUCAGAUCCGCAGUUUACGCAUAGGCUCCCUGGCGGCUGCGUCUUGUCUGCACGUUCCUGGCACAGAUACAGUUCUUAUUGGUUCUUGGGAUAAUGUAGUGUACCGAUACAGCCUACAGUAUAGUCAUGUCGAUCCAUUUGUGGAAGCUCACAAUGAUGCUGUCUCUUGUAUGGAGUGGCAUGACAAUAUUCUUGUUACGGGUUCCUGGGAUUGUACGGUCAAAGUCUGGGAACUUGAAGGUGGCCAGGAUGGGAUGCUCAGGCGAAAAGAAAAAGAGAGCGUCUCCAAGUAUGGCAAGGCAGGCCACCUUAACCCACUUUGCAUUGGAAAUUCUAUCGUAUGCGAAAUGGAUCACGACUCGAUGGUGACCUGUGUUGCGCUACAUCCCGCUGGAUCGUACCUGGCUGUAGGAACCCAUGAUGGUGUAUUGGUGAUCUGGGUGCUUCCAAGAGGAGCUGUUCUUCAUCAAGUUAAUUGUCACACACGUAGCAUCAAUGCUGUAGCAUGGAAUGUAGAUGAAGAACAUCGGAUCCUUACUGCGGGAGAUGAUGGAUUAUUAAUAAUUGUUGAUGCUCUUCUUGGAACAAAGAUUUGUGUCCAUGACUUGAAGGAAACUGCAAGGAGUGUCGUAUGGGAUGGAAGGCUGGUCUUUGCUGGUGGUGUCUCAGGAGACCUGAUUCUCUUCGAUAUGGGAACAGGCUCAGUUGUGCAAAGGUUCACAGCUCAUAGAGGUCCAGUUACGUGUGUGACAAUUUCUCAAAACUACGAAUACCUCGCAACAGGAGGCGAGGAUCGACAGCUCAUAAUCUGGGGAUUUAGUGCUUGAGUGUUGAUUCACUGUGGUGUAUGAUUUGAAUCUCCUUUGUGCUGUGGUGCACGUAGAGUAGACUAGUGACGCUCGAUCAUGUAGGCGAGCUGCAACAAAUCGCUGUGGUGACCAUGCUGAGAGUUGUAUUGGUAUAAUUUUUAGAAAACCAAAUACUAUCCUGAUUCAUAUAAAAAAAAGCCAUGGAAUACUUUUAAUAUUUAUUAUUUUUUUGUAUUUAUGCAGGCAUAAAACGAAUGCCUGGUGUGAUAGUCAUACGCUUAUCAAGGAAACAUUGAUAUUUUAAAUGACUAGUGUAAUUGUGAUGCCUUUUUAACAUUUUAAAAAUUGCGAGUGCUGUUGCUGCUUAAUGGCAGGUUGAAGAAAGUGGUGAUUUAUUUUAUACUAUCAAAACCUUGCAAUAAUUGCUAAUGUUAUUAAGGUGAAGAAGAAAAACACAGAUACUGUGAUGUAUUACAUUUUUCAGUGUUCCAUGUUUUAUAUGCAGUUCUGUAUUAUUCAGGCUGUGCGAUGGUGCUCUAAAGACGACAUAGAUUUUAGUGUUCAUUUAUUAGCUGAUGCAGAACAAUAAGCUGUGAAAUGAUUAGCAACAAAGUUGUAUAAGCAAAUAGACCUGUACAUUUUAACUGUGCACAAGUUUCUUGCUGGUCUUGAUGUGCUAAUUGUACAGUAGAGUACUUGCAUUCCAGUCUCAAGAAGACAGUUAUCUGAGAUAGCAAACUAUAUUUGCUGUCAAGUUCUCACAAUGUAGAUGUCUACCAUUUACUGUUUUCUUGUUGCUUGAUAGAAUAUUUACGUAGCAUAAGAAGUUAGUUGUUUCUAGAAAUUGUAUACUGCAUAAGAUGAUAGCCAUAUUUCCUCAACAUUAGUAGAAUAAAUUUUAUUUUUCUGCAUUACUUUACAGAUAUCUUUUUAUCCCAAUAGUUUUUGACAAAAUAGCAUUGUUGGAUUUAGGAAGUAGGUGAAUAUAGCCUCAGAUAUCGUGGCCUUGCGUUAUGGUUUUAGUUACUGUUGUGUAAAAUAGUUUUGAGUGGUCAUUGUUAUUGUGAAAAUGGUUAUAUUGCUUCAGUGCAUAUAUUCAUAUGCAUAAAAAGAAGUGUUUGAUAAGUGAUCAGUUUAUCCUGAAGGCUGUUGGUUGUUGUAAAAAGCACGUUAUGUGCAGCUAAGAAAAAUGUUAAGACGAAUUUGUAUAUACAUACAGCGUAUCGUUGAAAGUAUGUAGCUACUAUGACUGUGAUUAUUUUUCAGUUACUCCUCAAGAAAUUCCUAGUUCUACAAGAUUUGCACAGCACUGUAUUUUUCUUAUUGAGGUAAUUACAAUCAUUAGCACAGUGAUAGGAGUAACUAAAUUCAGAAAUCUUGUAUACUGCUUGAAAGUCAGUUUAGUUCUUCAUUCACACUGAUAUAGUAGAUCAAGUAACUACUAGAAAGGUUGUCUAUGUUGUUUGUGGUUGUACAGGUAAAAUUCUCAUCAUUUGUUGUCCAAUGCUUAAUGCUUGUAUAAGUAACAUUCGUGUAGUGAAUAAUAGUGCUUCAACAAAUUUUGUCUUCAUAAAACUCUCCAUCAUUGUUUUCUCCAGUGACAAUAUGUUUUUUAGAUCUUUACUCUAAAAGAAGUAAUAAAUAGUAUGCGGUUAAAAAAUAUGUGGCCUAACAUAUUGACCAUUGUAUGAAUGGGAAAUUAAUUGUACAUUUAGCUUUGAUAUUUUCUGAUUCCUAAUCAUUCAUGCCCUACUUUUCUAGCUUGAUUUUUAUGCAUUACAAAUUAAUAUAGUUAUAUACAGUACCUGAGUAAGUUCCUGACUAUUUCACACCGUUUUCCUUCAUAUGUUAAAUGUUUUUACAACAGACUGAGCAUUUAGUGCUACAUUUUUGUCACAGAAGAAUCUUGGCAAUUAUCCAUUGGCUGUUUUGAAUUACAUAAAUAGCAACAUCAAGAUUUUUAGCUUAAAGUUCAUAAGAAAUAAUAUUCAGCAGUUGAGGGCAAUCAAAAAUAUACUAUGGCUUAGUUUACUCUGUUAUCGUGAAUUUUGUACCUGUAAUAAAAUUUAUAGACUAAUUAUAUGAUAUGAAAUUAUUUUUUCUUAGAAAUGCAGAGAGUAUGGGUUACUUUGUGUAAUUUGUAAGUGGUUCUAGACUACCCAGCCCAAAAUCUCAACUUUCUCAGCCAACACAGCUUUGAGAAUUUAGUUAACAAGACAUUGAUGUGAAGAUCUGCCUGUGCUUAACCAGGAAGCUUUCAUUUCUGUGCAUUUGAAGGCCGAAAUUGGUCCCCAUCUUCAAUCAAAGUAUGGUAGCACAAUAUUGAAACUUGUCCUAGUAUCUUUGCGUUCCGAUUUAAAAUUGUAACGCAGAAUAAAUUUUUUUGGUUUUAAAGUUAUGUAGUUGAUAUUUACUUUGAAAUUUUCAAAGAUAUAUAGCUAGAGGGAUAUUGGCACAAAAGCUUGCUUCACAUUGCAUAAUUGUUGUACGUUUUUCUUAAAUGCUGUAAUCUUGUUUAUAGUGUUGGUACUUUUAACUUUACCAUUUGACAGAUUUUGAAAGAAAGCCCAUAAUAUAUACAUAGAUGCCUUGUUAAGAAUUGUGUUUGUUAAAACAAUUGAAAUUUCAAUGACCACUGUUCAUAAAGCAUAAUAAUCAACUUGAAUAUCUUUACAUGUGAUGCACAAUAAGAAUGUUAAUUGUUAUCAAAUUCAUCAUUCACAGUAAUUGCCUUUAUAAUACUGCAAAAGAUCUUGGUUACAUAUUUAGAUGUAAAAGUUUAGAUGAUUUAGAUGAAAGUGUUCUUAUGCUUUCUGUAGUUGCUGGUGAGAAAGUACCAACUUUGCUUGUUUUUGAGAAGUGUUAAUUGCAGUAGAUACAUCUCCUUCCAAGGUGUUUAAUUCUUAAAUCUGCAUAAUUGCUGUGUGGUAUUCUCAAGUAAGCCAUUUCAUUUUAUAUUGAUUUAAAGAAAUUGAAAUAGACUUUUUUCAAUAGUAUUUUGUUUUUCAAAUUUAUUAUUGAUAUUAAAGGGUUACAUUUUCACUGCCACUGAAGAUUAGGUUCAUGUUGUUUUGGAUAUAUUGCACGAAGUUUUGGAAAAGACAAAUCUCUUAUAUUUAGGGCUACUAGUUGGAAUGUGCUGGUCCUGCAAAGUACCAAAGUUGACUGGUAAUCAAAACCAUCACUGAACAAUAAUGUUACAUUAGUAGAGAGGGUUUGUACAGGUUUUCUUUGACACCAAGCAAGAUGUCACAAGCUUUUGAACAGAAUGAAAAGUGAGCAGGAUUGUAGUAAGCCUUAGUGUUUUGAUAUAUCAAAAGAUCUCCAUUUGGAAUUUGUUGAAUUUUAAUAGUUUACUUGAAAUUAGUAUAUUAAUAGGAGCAUUUAAGAUGGGAAAAUAUAAAAAUCAGUUCUAGAUGUCAGCAGGAGGAGGACAAAAGUGUUAUAUAUAUUAGUACAUGUCUGUGUGUAAAUAUAUUUUAUUUCCAUUUAUUGGACUGUAGAGUAAUUUAUUUUUUUUAUACAAGGUUUGGUUGUUGUAAUUUAAUUUUACUGUGAUUUCUUCCUCUGACUCCAUUCAGGGAAAAGUUAACAUGAAAACAUUUUUGGUGAUGAUUAAUUUGAUUUUACAAGUCUGGUGCAGCAUAGUUACCCAUAAACCACAGUGUGUUGUGAAUGAGUUUCUCUUUUGAACAUUACAAAAAUAGUUUUAUAUAUUUUUGAUUCUGGAAUAAUUUAAAAUAUUUCUGUGAAUUUUGAAAAUCUUCAAUGUGAUUUUAUUAAAUCUGAGUAAUUUUAGAAGUACAACACUGUUCCUGUUAUUGAAGUUUUUUUUCAUAUAUAUAUAUAUAGGGCAGAGUGUCUGGUGUUAUGCAGUGGAUUAAAGGAGCCUUGAUAAUCACAGUGAUCAGAGAACAGAUUUUGCAUUCCAUUUAUAGAAAGAUUGUUUGAAGAGAUUAAUUCAUUAAGAGUUUUGUGAUCAUAGUUUGGUAAAAGCUGGUCAGUAAAAUGUUUUGGUAGCCUAGAUGUUAAAACACUUCACAGAAGUCAAAACUAAAAGUUACGCCUAAACUACAGCAAAAGCUGAAAGCAGCUACAAAUAUUUCUGACAAGGGAAGGUUUUAAUGCUGUAGCUGAACUUAUAUUACUGUACGAUAGCCAAAGUAAUUGAAAGUGCGCUUUUGAUGCUCGAUCUCCCGUUUUGUGUUUCUUGUGUUUGAAUGUCAUUUCAUAUACCUCACAUAGCCGUGAAGAAAUCUCACGUGCGAGAUGCACGAUAGAUACAGUUAACAUCUGGUUAUAGUUUCCAAAACGUGUAAAUUAAUAAGAAAACUUGUAAAUUUUAGUUGUGACAAGGGUGAGAUUUUUUUUAUUUUUAUAAGUAUAGCAUAUUUUUAGUAUGUACAUCAUGCUUCCAUAAAUUCUAGACACUGUAAUUCAAAGUGAUAAAGUAUUAAUAAAAAUAUUUGUUUA